AUGGCGGCCACGCUUCGCGGCGCCGUCGAGGCGGCGACGCCCGCCGUCGGCAUCGACGUCGAGUGGCGCCCUGACGACUGGGGCGGCGGGCGGCGCGGCGGGCGGCCCAACCCCGCGGCGCUGCUGCAGAUCGCUGUGCCGCGCGCGACCUCGGUCGCCGUCGACGUCGGCGGCGUGACGCAGGCGGAACGCGUCUUCCUCCUCCACCUUGGCGACGGCAGCGUUGGCCGCGUGGGUGAGACGCUGCGAUCGGCGCUGCUUGCUUUGCUCGGCAGCGAGGCGGUGGCCAAGCUCGGCUACGGCUUCGACGAGGACGUGGCGAGGCUGAGCGCGGCGCUGCGUUGCCGCCUCGUCGUCCGCAGUGUCGUCGACCUGCAGCAGAUCUACGCUACUUCCGCCAAGCUCGAGCUGCCGCCGCUGCACGCGGCGUGUUGGGCGGUGCUGGGCGCGAAGCUCGACAAGUCGAAGCUGCUGCAGUUCUCCGACUGGCGGAGCUGGCCGCUCUCGGGCGCGCAGGUGGGCUACGCGGCGGCGGAUGCCGACGUGCUGAUCGCGAUCGCGCGCGGCCUCUUCGGGCCGUCGCCGGCGUUGAUGAGGGCGUGGGCGUCGGCCGUCGCGGCGGGGACGGGCGGCGCGUGGCGGGAACCGGCGGGCGAUGCGCAGGACGAGGAGGAGCAGGGCGAGGAUGAUGGUGAGGAGGGUGGCGAGGAGGGUGGCGAGGAGGAGGAGGAGGAGGGUGACGAGGAGGAGCCGCGCAUGUCGCUUGCUGCUCCUCUGCCGCCGCCGCCGCCGCCGCAGUUCGCCGCGGAGGUCGCGCAGGCCGCGUACGCCGGCGUCUUCCUCGAUGCCGCCAGCGUCGCGCUGCUGUCGUCGCGGAUGCCGCCCAAGCACGGCAGCAUCCCAGCCCAGCCGCACCUCACGCUCGCGCACAAGCCGAACGCGAGCACGACCCGCGCGCUGCGGCCGUGGGUGGGCACCACCGUCGAGCUGAUCCUGGGCGGCGAGGCGCACGACGCGCAGGGCCACGCGGUGCGCGUGGUGGGCGUGGCGCCGCCGCACGCCGAGCUGCUGUCGCUCUGCGAGAACGCGCACCCGCACGUGACCCUCUCGAGCGCCAUCGGCACGCCGCACGCCUACUCGAACGCACUGCUGGAGAAGGCUGCGGCCAAGGCUUGUGCUUCUGACUCCACCGAUGGCGCCACCGCAACUGCUGCUGGAGUGGAUGGUGGCGCGGUGGUCGUGGUGCGUGGCACGGUGGGCUUCGUGUUGCAGGCGGCGGACAGCGGGCUGGGCGCGCUCCCCGCCAAGCUGCGUCAGCAGAUCGAGGACUUUGUCGACGACGCCCACCCGGGCUCCAAGCUGCGCCUCAAGCCCGAGCAGCUCGACGCGAGGGAGCGGCACCUGGUGCACGCGUACGCGGAGAGCUGCGGAGUGAUGAGCGAGAGCACGGGGAAGAAGGGCAAGGGCGCCGCCGACCAGCGCCGGCUGACGCUGACGAUACCGCUGCGCGGCAAGAAGAAGGUCGACGCGGGUGGUGGUGCCGACGGCGGUGGCGGCGCGGGAGGCACGAUUGUGGCGCAUGCGGGUGACCUCGACAAAACCAAGGGCAAGAAGAGGGCGGCAGGCGCGGGUGGCGGCAGCAGUGGCGGCACGCGGAGCGAGCAGCGGCAGCUGGUGACGGACGGAGCGCAGCUCGAUCGGCUGCUGCAGCUGGCGCCGCUUGUUGCUGGCGAGUGCGGCGACGGCGACGGCGACGGCCUCUCUGGUGCUGGUGGCGGCGCGGGCGCGUUUGCGACGCUCGAGGAGGCGCUGCGCGGGCUGAGCGGCAGCACGCCGGCGCUGCUUCCGCUGUGCCGCGCGCUGGAGGCGCUCGGCGAUGCUGCCGGAGCGGUGGCGCAGGAGGCGGGGGAGGCACCAACGGACGCCUCCACUGGCACGCUUCCCAUCGGCCGCGACGGCCUGCUCGCAUUCGAGGAGACCAACCAGCUUGCCGAUCGCAAGGUCAUCAUCUUGGACGUGGAUGGCGUGCUGCAUCCCUUCUCGUCCACAUCGCCCUUCAGCGCGCCAUGCAUGGCGGCGCUGCGCAGCGUCGUCGAGCAGACGGGCGCGGCCCUCGUGCUCUCGUCGUCGUGGCAGGGCCUGCCGAGCACCGUCGCAAAGGUGAACGCUGCACUCGAGGCGCAUGGCUUGCCGCGCGUGAGUGCGCAGACGGUCUGCCCGAACGAGGCCGGGUACGCGAGCACUGGCGCAGACGCCAGGAGCCGUGCGAGCGAGAUUCUCCGCUGGGUGGAGGCCAAUGCGGACCGCUGCACCGGCGGCUGGGUUGCCAUCGACGACAUGCACCUGCAGAGGCUGCUGCCCGGCGGCAACUUCGUGCGUACCGAGGCCGAGGUUGGCCUGACGGAAGCCAACGCAUGGUCCGCAGUCAUGAUGCUCGGCGGCUCGUCUGCAAAAGAGCAGCGCACUGGCAGCGAGGAGGAGGGCAAGGGCGAGGAGGAUGAGGAGAGCGAGGAGAGCGAGGAGGAUGAGGAGGGCGAGGAGGGUGGCGAAGGCGGUGUCGCCUUCAUCAUGCGCGGCCUGCCCGGCAGCGGCAAGUCCAGCCUCGCCACGCGGCUCGCCGCCGCAUGGCGCCACGCCCACCUCAACCUCCGCCACCACGCCGACGACGACGCCGACGACGACGAGAGCGUGGCUCUCUGCAGCGCCGACGCCUUCUUCGCCGCCGGCGGCCACCUGACGCGCGAGCAGCGCCGGGAGUGCGGCGGCGACGCGAAGCUGCUGUACGCGCGCUCCUGGGACGCCUCGCUGCUGCAGCACGCGCACACGGCGUGCCGCGCAACCUUCGACGCCGCGCUGGGCCGCACUGCGCCUCUCGUGAUCGUCGACAACGUCAACGCGAAGCGGGAGCAGUACGCGUACUAUUCGCGCAGGGCGAGGCGCGCGGGCUACGCGGUGGUGGUGCUCGAGGUGGUGUGCCCCCCGGGGGAGGCGGCGCUGAGGGCCUUCCACGAGCGCAACGCGCACGGCGUGCCAAUGAAGGCGAUGCAGCUGAUACGCGCCAAGUGGGAGCACGACGACAGCGCAGCACGCAUUCUCCCGCACGGCGUGACCGCUACUGCGGGUGAGGCGGGUGGUGCUACUGCGGUGGCGGCGAUGCAGGCGGCGGCGGCUGCGACGGUGGGCCAGCCGCGAGAGUCGCUGCUGCGCUGGCUGAGCCGCAACCAGUGCGUGCACUACUCGCACUCCCGCGCCAAGACGCACCUGCUGAUGGCCGUCAACGGCGAGGCGGCGGCCUUCGUCAACAUUCCACCCGCGCUGCGCGGCGACUUCCAUGCAGUGUACGCGGCCGACGCGACGCCCAAGUACGUGUGCGAGCUGCACCAGAAGAAGUUCCGUCUGUACCUCGACAUCGACCUCGAGGUGCGGGAAGGCGAGGAGCUGCUGAGCCGCGCGGCCCAGCUGGAGCUCGCGGCGUGCCUGCGCGAGGUGCUGGGCAGGCAGGAGUUUGAGGACAUCGUCACGGACGCCGACGCGCCGGUUGUCGUCACCGCGGCGCGGCCCACGCCCGUCGCGGCGGCCGCCAAGGGUGCCGGUGCCGGUGGUGGCGCCAGCGGCAGCGGCAGCGGCGGCGGCAAGGUGCGGCUUGGCAUCCACCUGCACGUGCCCGGCUCGCAGUGCAGCACGGGCGACGCGCUGGCGGUGCGCCAGGCGCUCGUCGACAUGCUCUCCGGCGGCUGGUCCUCUGGCUCCGGCUCCGGCUCUGGCUCCCGUGCCGGCUCCGGCUCCCGUGCCGGCUCCGGUGCGGCGCCGCCGGCGCUGCGCGCGUGGCGGCCGCUUGGGAGCGUCGACUGGGAAACCGCGCUCGACAGGCAGGUCUACGGCGCGGGCUGCGGGCUGCGGAUGCUCGGAUCGCUCAAGGUGAAGAAGGGCGUGCGCGUCGGCGAGGGACGCCCGUACGCGCUCGUCGGCGGCGUCGGGCGCGGUGGCGAGGAGGUGGGUCUGGGAGAGGCCGCGCGCGACUCGGCGGCGCUGCUCGAGCUGAAAAUGCGGACGAUCGAGCUGGACGGCAAAGUCAUCAAGCUGCAGAUUUGGGACACGGCGGGGGUCGAGCGGUUCCGCCAUAUCAGCAGCACCUACUACCGCGGCACGCACGGCAUCAUCGUCGUGUACGACAUCACCAACCUUGACUCGUUCAACAACGUCAAGUGCUGGCUGACGGAGAUCGACAAGUACGCACGCGAGAACGUGCAGAGGAUGCUGGUCGGCAACAAGCUCGACCUCGUUGAGGAGAGCCCGCACUUGCGGCAGGCCAAGGCGGGCAACCUCUACUACGAGAUGAAUCGCUCCCUGCGCGACCGCACCGGGCCGGGGCGCGCGCAGAUGAUGAAGACGUGGGGCGUGUGCGUCCACUACACACUCAAGGCGCUCGCGCCGCUGCCCGACUACGAGGGCGCCUGCUACCGCGGCUUCCCAGAAAGCGACAAGGCCAACAUCGUGCGGCAGUACCUCAAGCGGCGGCCCAUCCAGUGGGGUGCCUUCACCAACCUCGACCACCACGAAAGAGGCCUCAGGCGUGAAGGCGACCCCACAAUCACCAUAUCUGCAUAUGUCUAG